AUGGCUGGCGCCACGAAGAGCGGUAGCAAACAGCCGCCUCCCUCAUCCAGCAAGGCCAGCGAGGCCACGACUCCCCUUCUCCAACCAUCCGCAUCCUCCACCGACGACGAUGGCGACGACGACGACGCCUCCUCUGUCCUUAGCAGCCCUGCCUCUUCCUACCGCUCCGACUCACCAAGCCCCUCCUUCAGACGCAGGCAUCGCGCUGCCCUAAUCACAAAACGCAACAUCUCCUUCAUUGGUGCCAUACUGGCUGCGCUCUGCGCCGGCUCCAUAACAGCCUUCUCGCUGUAUGGUCAUCUCUUUCAGGAGCGCCUGCACUACACCCAAUAUCAAGUCAACGGUAUCUCCAUCGUUGCCAGCUUCGCGCUCUAUAUUCUGGUUCCUUUCUUUGGUUAUAUCUGCGACCGCGCUGGGCCUGCGCCGCUAGCCGGCGUGUCCGCCAUUCUGUUCGGGGUUGGCUAUGGCCUGGCGGCAGUACUCUACAAACAGGGCGAAACAGGAGAUGGACCCAGGCCGGGGAAGCUUUCCUACGCCCUGAUGGUCGUUGCCUUCAUCUGCAUCGGCAUGGGGUCUUGUGCUCUCUACAUUAGUUCCGUCACCACGUGUGCCAAGAACUUCGGAAAGGGCAAGCAUCGUGGGCUAGCGCUAGCGAUGCCUAUCACUGCUGUUGGUCUCAGUGGCAUGUGGCAGAGUCAAGUUGGCAGCCGCUUGUUGUAUGAGCGCAAUCCUGACGGCAGCAAAGGAGAUGUAAACGUUGUCUUCUUCUUCAUCUUUCUAGCAAUCUUGCUCUUCGUGGUGGGAACCAUCGGGAUGUUCACCAUGAAAGUCAUCGAUGAGCAAGAACUUAUUGACGAGGCUGUGGAAGAACUUGAGAGGAGUGGUCUCCUUGAUGGCAGCGCAUUAUUCACGCCCGGACGCACAUCCGUUGGUGGUUAUGGCGCGAUCGAAAGAGAUAACCCAUUGGAAGACGAGGAGGAUGCCCGCCUGCUGGAUCCAGCCAAGGACCUAGAGGAUGACGCAAAAUUCAAGAAGAACUGGGUCCUGAAUGCUGAGACCCGACGCUUCCUGAACGACCACACCAUGUGGUUCCUUGCCGCCGGAUUCUUCUUCACGAUCGGGCCUGGAGAGGCUUUCAUCAACAACAUGGGCACAGUCAUCAAGACUCUCUAUCCGCCGACUGUCAUCCACAUUGGGUCUUCGACAUCAGCUGCAACUCAUGUUUCGAUCAUUUGUGCAACAAGCACAAUAGUGCGUCUACUAGUCGGAGCCCUGACGGAUCUCAUGGCCCCAACUCCUGUGUCACAAUACGUGCAGAUCCCUUCAUCUCAGCCCCCUCGCACAAUACUUCAUCGAAUGAAGUUUUCUAUUUCACGCGUCACAUUCCUACUCUUUUUCGCCAUUCUCAUGUCCAUAGGCUUCGUGUUUCUGGCCUCGGGAGCGGUCCAGAACCACGGCGAGCGCUUCUGGCUCGUGUCUAGCCUCGUCGGAGCCGGAUAUGGAGCACUCUUCAGCAUUACCCCGAUCAUCGUAACGAUAAUUUGGGGCGUCGAGAAUUUUGGCACAAAUUGGGGUAUCGUGGCCACCUUCCCAGCACUGGGGAACACGCUUUGGGGCCUGAUCUACUCGGCCGUCUACCAAGCUGGCGCAGAGAAGAGCCCCAACCCACCAGAGGCAGGGACUGGCGACCUGUUCUGCUAUGGGACGCAGUGUUAUGCCACCGCUUACUGGGCGAUGGCGAUCAGUGUCUGGAUCUCGUGCCUCCUGGUGCUAUGGGCCUGGAAGGGAAAGAAUGGAUGGUCCCAGCGGGGUAUCGUGAUUUGA